AUGGUUUAUGAUAAAACUUGUCACUUGUCGGUUGAAUUGGAACAUAGAGUGCUUUGGGCUCUCAAGUUUUUAAAUUUCGAUUCCAAUUUAGCCGGACAGAAACGGAAAGACCAGCUUCACAAAGUUGAAGAGUUGAGGAAUAACGCUUACCAUUCUGAUAAGCUUUACAAAGAAAAAGUGAAAGCUUAUCAUGAUGGCAAGUUAAAAUCAAAGUGGUUGGGAUCGUUUGUGAUAAAGGAGGUUCGGAGUUAUGGAGCUAUUGUGGUGGAAGAUCCAAAGACUAUGGCAAGCUGGACUAUGAAUGGGAAGAGGCUGAAAGUGUAUCAUGAUGGUGAGUUCAACCGCGAUGUGUGCGUCAUUUCGCUCAUUGAACCUUGA